AUGCUUGUCCCUUGUAGCGGAUCUUACGAUACGAUAUUGUGGAUAGACGAGAGAAGCAAAGAUUACCUUGUUAUAGGAGAAGAUCUUGCUUAUUUCAAGAAAGGUGAUAACUCGUGGAAAAAAAUCUCGGACCAGUUGUCAGGUUCCCAAAAAGGCAUGGUAUUCAAAGAUCACAAGCUCUAUGCUCUCACCGAAGAAGAACUCCGUAUUUUCGACUUUUCUGGUGAGUUUCCUCUGCAAGUUUCCAGAGUUAACGUAGGGGGUUGCGUAAAACUAGAAAUAAAAAAAAUAGGCGGGAUGAGAUCGCCUGCACCAUGGGAAUUCUAUAAGCUUCGCAGGAGGAGUAAUGUGGUACUCACUUUAGGAGGAGAUGUCUUAAUUGUAAGGAGCAAAAGUCCUUGUAUGUCCUGUUCAUGGAACUUUAGAAUCUUCAAGAUGGAUUCAUCAAAUGGAAACAUUAAAUGGAAGGAAAUUUUUUCUUUGGGAGAUGAGGCGAUUAUUUUAGAUUUGGGUAUUACAGUGCUUGCCAAGGACCAGGAAGGCAUCACUAGUAACUCCAUUUACUUCACUGCUCAUGAGAUGGAUUGGUUCGACACUGACAUCUUUGUAUUCAAUCUCGAUACAAACAAGGUUGAACAACUACCACAACUUGUUUCCUCUGUUUCAUUCACUGAAGCUCGUUGGUUCUUACCAAGUUUCAGGAAUGGGUGA